CUUUUGCCACAGACUGGCAUCGGCUUCGGUUUCUAGCGGAUUGAAAUUCUGCGAUGCGGUUUGGGAUUUUUUUUUCUUUUUUCUAAUAGCCGCCAGAUCCUCGUUCGCUGAACAGUGCAUGUUUUUAGAGUGGUUCUGAGUAUGUAGGUGCAUAUAGCUAAGUUUUAAAAAUACAUAUACGCCUACUUUUACAAUUUGGUCCUGAGCUGCUGCUAUUUGGAUUGAACAUCACCAGGCAAAGGUUUCUACCUACUUCGAAGACUUUGUUGUGGCUUUUGGACUGAGCGCAAACAUGGGAUUGCCAGCUUUGGAGUUCAGCGACUGCUAUCUGGACAGUCCACAGUUCCGAGAGAGGCUAAAAUCUCACGAACUGGAACUGGACAAGACCAAUAAGUUUAUCAAGGAGCUGAUCAAAGAUGGGAAGGCGCUAAUCCAGGCACUGAAAAAUCUUUCCAUGGCCAAGAGGAAAUUUGCUGAGUCUCUCAACGAGUUCAAGUUCCAGUGCAUUGGAGACGCCGAGACAGAUGAUGAAAUCUGCAUUGCCAAGUCGCUACAGGAGUUCGCUGGAGUGUUACAAAACCUGGAGGAUGAAAGGACUCGGAUGAUUGAGAAUGCCAGUGAUGUGUUGAUCAUGCCACUGGAGAGGUUCCGCAAGGAGCAGAUCAGUGCUGCUAAGGAGGCCAAGAAGAAGUAUGACAAAGAGACAGAGAAGUACUGUGCUGUACUGGAGAAGCACCUCAGCCUGUCUGCUAAGAAGAAGGAGGCCCACCUGCACGAGGCGGAUAACCAGGUGGAUCACGUGAGGCAGCACUUCUAUGAGGUGUCUCUUGAGUACGUGUUCAAGGUGCAAGAGGUGCAGGAGCGGAAGAUGUUUGAGUUUGUGGAACCGCUGCUGGCUUUUCUCCAGGGCCUGUUCACAUAUUACCACCAUGGCUAUGAGCUGGCCAAAGACUUCAGCCACUUCAAAACCAACUUGACCAUCAGCAUCCAGAAUACGCGGAACCGCUUUGAGAGCACACGUUCCGAAGUGGAGUGUCUGAUGAGGAAGAUGAAGGAAAACCCGCACGAGCACUCGAACAUCAGCCCGCACACCAUGGAGGGCUACCUGUUUGUGCAAGAGAAACGCUCGUUCGUGUCCACCUGGGUGAAGUACUACUGCACGUACCACCGUGAGCCCAAACGUGUCACUAUGGUGUUGUUUGACCAAAAGUCUGGUGGGAAAACAGGAGAUGAGGAGAGUUUCACCCUGAAGUCGUGCAUACGGAGGAAAACAGACUCCAUUGAGAAGCGCUUCUGUUUCGAUGUGGAGGGUGUUGACCGGCCUGGCGUGAUCACUAUGCAGGCUCUGUCUGAAGAGGACCGCAGGUUGUGGAUGGAGGCCAUGGAUGGACGAGAACCGGUGUACAACCUGAAUAAGGACAGUCAGAAUGAAGCCAUGGCUCACCUGGACGUCACUGGUUUCAACGUGGUGAAGAAGUUUAUCUAUGCAGUUGAUACCAGAGGCAUUGAGGAGCAGGGCCUGUACCGGAUCGUGGGUGUGAACUCCAGAGUGCAGAAGCUGUUGGGUCUUGCUAUGGAUCCUAAAACAUGUGCUGAUGUAGAACUGGACAACACAGAGUGGGAGAUUAAGACCAUCACCAGCGCCAUCAAGUUUUACCUCAGGAUGCUACCUGGACCCCUCAUGACGUAUCAGUACCAGAGGAGCUUCAUCAAAGCUGCCAAGCUAGACAACCCGGAGGCGCGCGUGGCUGAGAUUCACAGCCUGGUCCACCGGCUGCCGGAGAAGAAUCGGCAGAUGCUCGAGCUGCUUAUGAAACACUUGGCAAACGUGGCCAAUCACCACCAGCAAAACUUGAUGACGGUGGCCAAUCUGGGCGUGGUGUUUGGCCCCACCUUGCUCCGCCCCCAGGAAGAGACGGUGGCGGCCAUCAUGGACAUCAAGUUCCAGAAUAUCGUGGUGGAGCUUCUCAUUGAGAACCAUGAGAAGAUCUUCAGAGAGUCGCCGGUGUCAGGAGGAGGAGGUCCGGCCAACACCAAUGACCACGCCGUGAGGAGGCGCAGCGCGGAGAGCAAAGUGCCAUCCUGCAGCGAGAGGCCGCUCACGUUGUUCCACACACCCAGCAACACGCACGAGAAAGCAGAGAAGAGAGCAAGUGUGGUGCUGAACUCCGAGGCCCACAGCUCUCCUCCUCCGUCGUCCAACUGCAACAGCGCCACACACCCUGGGUCAAACACCAGCUCCCCCUCGGCCACACCAGCACCGGUCUGGACCCGACUCCAUAGCCUUCCCACAGGGGAGCCAGACGCCGACGGCGUCCUGCUGAUGAGACAGAGCCGACCCAACUCGCUGUUUAAUCCCAAGAGUCGUGCAAGUGUUCCAACAAGUAGUCCAGUAUCCCCUAGCCCAACCUCUCCUCGCUCUCCCUCCUGGCCGAUGUUCUCCGCCCCCUCCAGUCCUCAGCCCGCCUCCUCAUCUGCAGACUCCUCCCCUCUCAGCAGCAUACCGCGAAAGGCACGAGCCCUCUACGCGUGCAAGGCAGAGCACGACUCCGAGCUGUCCUUCAUCGCAGGGACCAUCUUUGACAAUGUUCAUUCUUCGCGGGAGCCAGGGUGGCUCGAGGGAACGCUGGACGGCCGGACGGGACUGAUCCCGGAGAACUAUGUGGAGUUCCUGUAGCCCUGUAAACUGAGAGGAUGGCAUUGCACUGCACACCUUUAAGUGUAGGCUUGGGAGGGAACUUUCUGUCCCUCCUAACCUGCCCUGCCCCCCACCCCUAAUCCAUCCUCUCUACCCACAUCCCUUUGUGUGUGUGUGUGUGUGUGUGUGUGUGUGUGUGUGUGUGUCUGUGUGUGUUUAGGGGGAAGCGGGGUAAGGGUUAAAGUGCAGAGAGAGAGUGUGUGUGUGUGUGUGAUUAUGUAUUUGUCAGGGAUAUCUGGGUUGUUUGAUAGCAUCGCAUUAUGGCUUCAUCAUUCCACCUAUUUUUCUUUCUCUUCCGAAAUGCACUGCCGUUGCUUUGAGCGUUGUUGAGUUUUUUUUUUUUUUAUAAUGACCACUUAAAAGGGAAGAAUAGUUUUGGGACCAAAAGUUGCAGCUGUUCUCUCCUUCGGUAUAAAAGAGUACUGAUUGAUUUCUAGCAAAAGCCUCUUGACAAAUUAUGGCACAACAGGCUUUUUUCAGAGAGGGGCUGUUUUUCUGUUGGGCACUGCUGUGCCUGGGAUUUUCCCCUGGACGAGAUAGUGCAUGCCAACUGUUCUUUCAGUGCAUGGAAGUGCUCUUCAUCUCUCUCUCUCUCUUUCUCUCUCUCUCUCUCUCUUACUCAGAACUACUGAGGUAAAUCUCUGUGAGUAUAUUCAAUCCUGGAAAAAAAGGGUGGUGGACCAUUCCUGGACAUGUGUUUUUAUAUAUUGGGAGAGCAUUUCAAUGAAUAUUACGUGUUUUUGCUUUCUCAUAAACAGGAAUAUCAAAAGGGGAAAAUUGUGAAAAAACAAACAUGGUUAAUGUGAAUCAACUUCUUUGGUAGUACUGAAGAAGUCACCUAUUUAUAAUCUUCUCUGAAAUGAGAUCUUGGACUGUUUCCUUUCCCCUUUUCGAGUGUAUUAACCUUGUAAAUAACAUUUGAUAAGGUAUAAUUUUUUUAAGUAUAAAAAAUUUAUAUUUUGUAUUGUAGCAUACUAACUUAAUUUUUUAGCAUUCAAGUUGCUUCCUCAUCUUCUGUCCUUUUUGAGCCUUAAUACUUUUAGAUCAGAUGAUAACUGUACAAGAAUUGUGAGCCUGAUGGGCAGUUUGUUCCCUAUUAAAGACCAGAGAGGUUUAA